UCCAUUUCCACCAUGCCAAAAUCCUUGAAACUUUUAAUUGGCAAUUAAAAAGAUGAAAAGUAUUUCGGCUUCAGAAUACGCCAGUAUCUUAGGCACGCGUAUUGUUCUUGUACUAGAACAUCAAGAGGAUAGUGAUUUCAAAAUUAUUUUAGACAAGAAUGUCGAUCCAAAAACUUUCGUAAAAAAAUGCUGGCGUCACAAAUUACCUAUUAUUGUAAAAAAUCGAAGCCUCUAUUGCUCAAAAGAAUUUCCAUUUGACAGAAAAAAAUCUUUUCUAGAUGCUUUAUACGAAAAGUAUGGCAAUUCUUCACCAUUAAUUUCGUCGUUAAACUUGAAGAAUGGGAAGCAAAUUGAAUUUUGCGGAUUUCAGGACAUCAAAAGCUUGCAAGCGGACUUUCAGAGACUAAAAAUAGUCAUUUUAGAAAACUUGCAGAUCUCCUCAGUUGAUACUGAAGUUGAUCAUGGUUCCAUUUUGUCAGGAGUCCAAAAACUUAACCUAUCAAGUAACUUACUUAAUUCUAUGAAUGAUGUACUAUUCUUAUGCAGUCAGCUGCCGAGUUUGAACCAAUUGAUUUUGGAUAAAAAUAAAUACCUAUCUUUGGAUGAAUUUAAUCCUAAGUUCUCUAAUCCUCAAGUAUCGAGCCUAUUUUUAAGAGAUUGUAGCAUUCGAUCAGAGGAACUUGGAUGGAUACAGAAGGCAUUCCCUUGUCUUAACGAACUUUUCUUGGACUAUAAUGAUGUUGAAUUAAACUCAAAUUGCUGUUUGAUGUCAACUGAGACUCUUAGUCUAUCAUAUAAUACUCAUUUAGUAACAGCUGAUCUUACUUCUUUUCCUGUGUUUGAAAGAACAAAAUGGCUGAAUAUUUCCUUUAAUAAUAUUUCCGAUCUUAAUAUCUUACCUUUAGAAAACAUGCAGUACUUAUCUUUCCUAGAUAUAUCAGGAAACAACAUCAAUUCCUGGGAUCAAAUUGCUCUCUUACAGACACUAAAGUCUCUGAAAGAGCUUCGGCUUUCUCUUUCAAAACUCCACGAUAAGACUGAUGAGACUAGAAUGCUUGUUAUUGCUCGCCUCCCUAGCCUAAUGAAGCUUAAUGAUGUUUCUAUAAGCAAGAGUGAACGCGAAGAUUCUGAAAUUUAUUAUUCCUCUUGCAUUCGUAAAUUUGUUUUAGAAAAUGAAAUUUCUAAGGCUGAUACAUUGGAUAACAUAGAGCCCAUUUGGCGAUACAUCUGGAAAAAACACGGUUUGUCAGAACCAGAAUUUUAUCGGAUUCAGAAAAUCGAUAAAAAACCUGGUGUAAUCAAAGACAAUAUUAUACGAGAUGUAUGCGUUUCGUGUAGUGAAGGCAAUGAACAUGUUGUUCUUCAGUUUCACCAAAACUGGACGGUAUUAUCAGUUAAAGCACUAAUUGCAUUUCGGUUUAACUUACGCGCCUUCGAAACCAUAUAUCAAUUCAAAGGCCAAGAAGACAAAUGCUUUAGAAUAAUUGACUCUACUCAGGACGAGAAGCAGCUAUAUGAAUUACCAUUCACAAUUACAGAAGUUAGAAUAAGUCCCAAAGAUUGCGUCGGCGACAUAUCGAGAAGCGAAUAAAUACAAAAAAAAAGCAUAAAUAUUUUUCAAAGAAUAUAUAGAUAAUAUAAGCGAUCUAUUUUGAUCAACUUUGUUUAAGCAUUUUCAAUUAAGCUGAAGGAAUGAUAGAAACAAACAGAAAUACGC